AUGAACUACAUUUAUCCAGUUGGGCGAUUAGGAGCAUGUAGAUCAUCGUGUAGAUCAGGUAAGCAGAAAGAGGCAGAGAUCGAGCUCGUGUUCUACUUUCUGCAACACCACCCUACUAAGACCUUACUAAAACUACACCCUAUUACCUAA